AUGAUCAUUGAUGAUCGUAUGGCUAUAUGUGAUAGUGCAAAUAUAAAUGAUCGUUCAUUAGUUGAUAAUCGUCAUAGUAAAUUUAGUGUUACAAUAAAUGAUCUGAAAGAAGAAGAUGAUCGGUUUAAUGAAGAGCCAGUUCUUGCUAAAAAAAAAUUGAAAGGUAUUCAAGGAUUUGUUUUCGGAUAUCCAAUUCAUUUUCUUGAUAAAGAAAAUUAUUUACCUGGUAUGUCAACUCAUGAAGAUUCAGGUGAAUAUCGAGCUGAAAGAACAUGUGAAGAUGAUUCAAAUAAUGAGCAACAAAAUAAAAGAAAACGUGUUCAAUCUGUUGAAGAUAAUGAUGAAGAAGAACAUGAGUCAGAUUAA